AUGACUCAAUCACGGAGUAGUGAAUGCAAUCGAGGCCAGUUUGAGCUGGUGCCGGAUGAUCGGCUGGACAAGCUGGCCUCUUUGGCCAACUCUGAAAAAGUUAUCAACGAGAUGAUUGAGUACGUCGACAUCGCGGGACUUGUAAGGGGUGCCUCGAAAGGAGAGGGCCUGGGCAACCAGUUCCUGGGAAACAUCCGCAAUACAGAUGCAAUCGUUCACGUUAUUCGAUGCUUCGAUGAUGAGAACGUUACACAUGUGGAUGGUAGCGUCGACCCUGUGCGAGACAUUGAAACAAUCAGCCUGGAGCUGAUUUUUGCAGAUGCCGAUCAGUGCGAGAAGCGUCUGAAGAAGGUGGAGCGGGAGGUGGUCGGACAGGUCAAAGGUGCUAAGGAAGAAAAGGAGGCUUUGCAGAAAGUCCUCAAGGUGCUCGAGGAGGGCAAGCCGGCUCGUGCAGCAAAGCUCUCCGAGAAGGAAGAGCUGGCCCUCCAGGCUCAAAAGACAAAAGCAGAACUAAACGACGCUCUCUCCGAGGCUCUCUCCUCUCUUUGCUUUUUGUCAGAGGACUUGUCCUUGCUUUCCAUGAAGCCGGUGAUUUACGCGGCCAACGUCUCCGAGGAGCGAGAGCGAGAGGACACGGAUGAGGCCGUGCGGGAGCGCCCGUUUUUUCUGAAGGAGGAGUUGGCCGAAGGCAACCAGUACGUGAAGGCCCAGCAAAGGGCAGUACAGGAUUUUGCAAAAGAGACCGGCGAUCAAGUAGUGGUUGUGUCAGCUCAGGUCGAGGCUGAAUUGAAGUCUUUGGAUGCAGAGGAGGUGCAAGAUUAUUUGGAGUCAUUGGGUGUCAAGGAGAGUGGCUGUGGCAGCUUGGUUCAGGCAACAUACAGGACGCUCGGCCUUCGUACUUAUUUCACUUGUGGCCCAAAGGAGACGCGGGCAUGGACCAUCCAUGCCGGCUGGAAAGCUCCAAAGGCUGCCGGUGUCAUCCACACAGAUUUCGAGAAGGGGUUCAUCAAGGCAGCGACAGUCAGUUAUGACGACUUCGUACAAUGCGGCUCAGAAGAGGCCGCAAAAGAUAAGGGCAAGCUUCGCAUUGAAGGAAAAGAGUAUGUGGUACAGGAAGCUGACGUGAUGCACUUCCGUUUCAAUUGA